AUGCCCACAAUCGCCCUCUUCGGCGCAAGCGGCCAACUAGGCACUGCAAUCCUCAACGUCCUCCUCACCGACUCCUCCCUCGAUAUAAUCCAGAUCCUCGCCCCAGGCACAGCUUCCAAAGUCCCCGAAAAUGAACACCCCAACCUCCGCACAAAGUCUAUUGACCUAACAUCUGCAAAACGUGAAGACCUCGCAAAGGACCUGUCGGGAGUAGAUGCGGUGGUUAGCGCACUGAAUGGCAAGGCAUUAGAAGCGCAGAGCGUUAUCCAGGAUGCGGCGGCGGAUGCGGGCGUUCGACGGUUCUAUCCGAGUGAAUAUGGAUCGCAUCAUGUUUAUCGGAAGCCGGGGGAUACGGGUGGGUACAUCCAUCCUAUGUGGAACAUGAAAGAUCAAUGUAACGAAGCAGCCCUGCACCACCCAGCUAUCACAGCUGGCAAAAUGACAUACACCCUAAUCGGCUGCGGGGACUUCUACAACCAACCCCGAGAAAAGACCUGGUGUCCGUGGACUCAAACAUCCCCCGAGAACAACGAAUACACAAUCCACAUUAUCGGUUCCCCUGAAGCCACUGCAGACUUUACACAUACAGAAGACUUUGCUGCUUUUCUCCUCGAAACUAUCCGGCAUCCGGAAGUCAGCGAAAACAAGCGGUUAAACUGCGUCAGCGAUCAUAUAAGCCACGAAGACAUUGCAAGAUUAUUAGAGAAAUACUCCGGGAAGAAAGUGAAAAAGAGCGUGCUUCCGCUGGAGAUUAUGCAUAAGGUAAUGCGGGAUCCCAGGGAAGCACCCAAGGAGCUCAGAGACGCGCCGAGUGCGUUUCCGGUUGACUUUUGGUUUUUGGUGAAGGGAAUGCAGGGGGCGGGGCGGUUUUGGAGAGCGAAGGGGGAGGUACAUAAUGAUUUGUUUCCGAGACUGAAGGUGAGGACUUUUGAGGGGUACUUUCAGGAAUUGUUUGGAUGACCGAUAACUGUCCACUGGGGCGCUACCAUGCUUCAAAACUGCUAAAAUGUAACUAAAUCCUUAACCUGAGCCUAUGUACCGUCAUUUCCAGCUCCCAUAAGCACGCGAGCGUCUAUCUGCGACAGGCAGUUGGUGAAGACAUUGCAGAUUUCCAUGAUCUUUGGAAGGAUCUUCUGGUCCCAGUAUGCGAAAUAUGUGCUAAUUGCGUCGUCAAGCUCAUCGAUAUAGAAAUCUAUAUCAAAAUACGCCCUGUUCAAUUAGCAAGUGGCAUGCACUAGAGAGAGUUUGAAGGGAAAACAUCAUAUCGGCGAGUUACUGGUACUGUCAUAGUAUUUCUAACCAAACGAUUCCCGGUUAGAUGGUCCUUUUCCGAUUUCGCACAACGAUGGCGCCGAUGAUUCACUUGAAUAUUGGUUGGUCUCUGUCCGAGACCGAGCUCUUGAACCGUAUUAAUGGUGCCCGAGUCAGAAGUAGUUCUCAAU